AUGUCGCCACCAUCGCAUAGUCAUGUUAGGACAACAGCAGCCCUUGCUCAAUUCUUAUCCACCACAGGACCACCUGAAUCAUCCGUGUCGCCCCAACGUCAAUUAUUGGCUCGAUUGCGUGUGGUUGGAAAAAAGAAAAGCAAUCAUUCCAUGAACAAUCAUCCACCAGCUUAUCCUCGACCCAAACACAUUCCUUUACCUGUUUAUCAACCACCUUCACCACCCUCAUUCGAUGAAAACCAAUAUCAGUAUCAACAUCAUCCUUCUACCACUACAACAACAGGAGCACCUCUUGAAAAAGAACGAAGCGAUGAUACGAUUGCACCUUCAAAUGACGAAAGAGAAGGGAUGGAUAUGAUGGACAACAGCAACAACAAUAAUGAAUGCCCUUACUGCCAUUCACCACGUUCUCAUCAACGUCGCAAAAGGCGUACCUCAUGUCCAGCAGCCAUCAAGUACACUCCUGCGCAAUCUGCCAAACCAACGGAUAACCUCACGAGUCAAGAGGCCAAGAUGUUAUUUACUAUGAUUGAGCGACUGCAAAUGCAGCUUGCUCGAGAGCAGGCCUCAAGGCGGAUGUUGGAACAGACAUUGGCAACACAAAAGAUAUAA